AUGAAGCAGUGCUUAGACAUUUUUUGUAAAGCAUCUAGUCAGAUUGUCAACUUUGAAAAGUAUGCUAUAUACUGCUCCCUUAAUAUUAGCAAAGAGGUGGCUACUAAUAUUAGUUGUAUCUAUAGUUCACGUCUUACUAAGAACCUAGGCAAAUACUUAGGGAUGCCUCUAUUACACUCUAGGGUGACUAAGGUCACUUAUAGCAGUCUUGUGGACAAAGUGCAUGCUAGGCUGGCUUCUUGGAAAAGUAACAUUCUUUUUUAUGCUGGAAGGGCAACUCUUUUUCAAGCUGUCACUUUAGCUAUACCAGUGUAUGCUAUGCAAACAUCUAAACUUCCUAGGAGCAUUUGUGAGGAUUUGGAUAAAGUGAAUCGCAAUUUCUUUUGGGGAGGCAGUGAGAAGAAGCAUAAGAUUCACUUGUGUCAAUGGGAUCUUGUGUGUAAACCUAAAAGUAAGGGAGGUUUGGGUUUGAAGAAAACUCAUGAUAUGAAUCAAGCUCUCCUAGCUAAAGUUGGCUGGAGAUUAUUGAGGAAGGAUGAGGGGUUGUGGGCCCAAAUUUUUGAAAAGAAAUAUAUUAAGAGGCAUUCCUUUUGUGAGCCUAAUAUGGUUCCAAAACAAAAUUAUUCUCCUACCUGGAAGGGGACUAUGUUUGGUGCUCAGUUGCUUGACAAAAGGUUAAUUUGGAGGCUCGGGAAAGGCGAUAAGGUUAAGUUUUGGAGAGAUAAAUGGAUUAGUGAUGUGCCUCUGAUGCAGACAGUGGAUCUUGCUCAUGAUCUCAAUUCGAAUUCCCUUGUUUCUGAUUUUUUUGUGAAUGGUUGGUGGGAUGUGGAGAAGUUGAGGAGUGUUCUUCCAGAGGAAUGGGUCCAAAAAGUUAUUGGUUGUUCAACUGAUUUUCAGGGCAUUUUGGAGGAUUGUCAGAUCUGGAAACCUACUUCUAAUGGGUUUUUCUCUGUCAAGUCUGCUUACAGCUUGCUUUUUCAGGGGGCAAAUUGGCUAAAUCCUUGGUGGAGAGCUCUAUGGAAGCUUCGAAUCCCUCCUAAACUCCAAAUUUUCUUUUGGUUGGUUUUUCAGGAGAAAAUUCUCUCUAAUGAGCAGCGAGUUCGAAGGCAUCUUGUUGGGAAUUGUGCUUGCGAUUACUAUAAGUGGUCUAUUGAAUCUACUUUGCAUAUCUUAAGAGAUUGUUCUAGAGCUAGAAAGGCCAUUGUUGGUAUUAAUAGUGGAACUAAUAAGGUGCAAGUGUUGUUGGCUUGCGUCCUUCCUGAAAUUGGUGUGGUCAAGUUAAAUAUAGAUGGGUCUCGCAGGGUCAGUACUGGUGCCAUUGGUGCUAAAGGGGUCUUAAGAGAUCAUUUGGGUCAAUGGAUUGGUGGCUUUGCUGUCAAUUUAGGCCAGGGAGAAGUGCUUGAAGCUGAGUUGUGGGGUCUGUUUUUUGGGUUGAAUUUGGCUGUUGAGAAAAAAGUAGUUAUUGUUAUUGAGAUGGAUUCUGAUACUGUUGUGCUUCUUAUUUAG